AUGAGCAAUAGAAUGGGAAAGAAAACCAGCCCGUUGUGGUCUUAUUUUACUGAGGCGGACGAAAAUUUAAAAGCAAAGUGUAAUUUUUGCUCUCAGUUUUUGUCAAUCAAGGGAGGUUUCACUUUUAAUUUAUCAAGGCAUCUUAAAAAUAAACAUUUCCAUGCCUAUAAUUCUCUAAAAGAGACAGCAGGAGAUGCGCCAAUGGAAGAUGAUUCGCCCGAAGCAAGAGUUGUUGAAGUUUCACAACCAAUUCCAAGUACGUCUUCACAAUCAGAGACAAAUUCAGACAUAACAUAUAAAUGCUAUCUUUUGGACUGUUUAAAUUAUAGCGAAAGCCAUUCGGCCGAUAACUUGGCAACUCUUUUGCGGUCUGUUGCUGAAGAAUGGAAAAUUGGAAAUAAAAUUGAAGCGGUAGUUACAGAUAAUGCAGCAAAUGUAGUGGCGGCAAUACGAAAAACAGAGUGGAAGCAUGUGCCAUGCUUUGCACAUACGCUUAAUUUGGUCGUUCAGAAUGCUUUGGAGCAAAUUAAAACAGUCCAAGUAAAAGUCAAACAUAUUGUAGAGCAUUUUAAACGCAGUCCCAAAGCAACUACGUUUCUUAAAUCAAUGCAAAAACAAAUGGGACUACCAAUUUUAGGUUUAAAGCAAGACGUCAUUACACGUUGGAACUCGACUUACGACAUGUUUUAUAGAAUUUUGGAAACUAAAGACGCGCUUUUAUCUACAAUAGCGAUACAUUACCCAAAUGUAGAUACGCUCACUAGUGAUGAUAUUGUUACUUUGCAAAAGUGCUGCGAAGUUUUAGACGUUUUUAAAACUGCCACAGAAGAAAUGAGCAGCGAAACACAAGUAACUGCAUCUAAGAUAAUAUUAAUUAGUUCGGGACUCAAGCAAUAUUGUUCAAGCUACUUACAAGCUAAUUCUGAUUUACCGAGUACAGUGCGGCAAAUGGUCGAAAUAUUAAUCACAUCUCUUGGUAAAAGAUUUUAUAAUAUAGAGCAAAACAAAAUUUUUGCAGAAGCGACGUUUCUGGACCCUAGGUUCAAGAAACAUGGGUUUACAAAUUCUUCAAAUUUCGAUGUUGCUAAGAACAAUAUCACUAGAUACCUAACAAAUUUUAAUGAAGAAGACACGCAGACUGAAAACGCAGCAAAAACAAUAGAAGAGUCUAAAACCACAGAGCCAACACAAAAGUGUUUAUCAAAAAUAUGGGAGAGUUUUGAUCAAAAGGUUUCUAAUCUAAUUGGCACUACUAAUCCAAAAUUUGCUUGCAUGAUCGAAAUUGACAAGUAUCUUCAGGAACCGCUUCUACAGCGAACAGAAAACCCUUUAAAAUGGUGGCAGGAGCGAAAAUCAAUUUAUCCUCGCCUUUAUCAGUUGGCUGUAAAAAAACUUUGCGUUGUUGCGACAUCAGUUCCCAGCGAACGAAUUUUUUCUAAAGCGGGACAGACAGUUACGGACAGACGAAACAGACUUAGCGGUGAAAAAGUUCGACAACUUGUAUUUUUGAAUGUUAAUUUGAAUUAA